AUGGUUUCACACUGAUCAUGAUAACUUCCGUCUUUGACCACUUUCACUCCAGCCACGGAAGUCAGUAGUCCUUGGUUCUAAUGCCUUCCUUUGGGCAGGUUUUGUAAUCAUUUGCAGCUAGACAGUAGAGUGAAUCAAACCAAAAAGCAUAAAAAAUCUAAGAUCAAGACGGCCAAAAGGCAGAAAACAAAGCCACUGAUGCUAGCGCAAUACAACCUAACAGAGGGCAACAAUCAUAAGUUAUAAUACAUAUAGACAGAUUUAAUAAGAUUUGCUUUAGUCAUUUUCUAAUUAAAGCUGUUAGAUAUUUCAAGAAGGAAACAUGAGAAUUAAGACAAGUUAGUUUUUAUUACUGGUACAAACAAAAUAAUGGAAGAAAACGAAGAAGGUUCCCAUCAAUGUGCUGUUUGUGAAGAGGUAUUUCAAAAUUAUGAUCAACUCGAGAAACAUUGCAAAGUUCAUGUUAAAGUGGAGAAUGUAAAUAAAAAAUUUGAAACUGCUGAGGAGUCAUCUUCCGAAAUGAAUAACUGUAGUAAAGGGAGUGAAGUAACGUUUGAUAUAGGCCCUACAGAAAACCAAAUUAUAGAGCAAGCAACAGAUACACGAGCUGGUAUCAAAGCGGAAGUCGAACAGAAUGCGGAAACAAUGGAUGAAUCAGAGGAAAAUCCAGAUGAAACCCACCAGAAACGUGCAGAAACUUUCAACAAAGAGAUGGUUAAAAUCCAUGAAUGUGACAUUUGUGGAAAAUCUUUCCUCAAAAGAGGUUAUUUAACGACUCACAGAAAAAUCCACACAGAGGAACGUAAAUUUAAAUGUCACCUUUGUGAAAAAGUUUUCAAUGUCAAUGGUAAUCUACAAAAACACCUGAUUAUUCAUUCAGGAACUCGUCCGUACACAUGCGAAUUUUGUGGUAAAUCCUUCAGUGCGAAUUCCACGUUACAAAAACACACCAGAACCCACACGGGUGAAAGACCAUUUAAGUGUAACUACUGCAACGCUGCGUUUAAAGAAUCGGGGAGUUUGUUCAAACACACGAGAAUCCACACGGGAGAGAAGCCAUAUAAAUGCGAAAUUUGUUUCAAAUCUUUCGGUUACAGUUUUAGUUUACAAAAACACAUGCGAAGUCAUUCGGGAGAAAGACCCUACUGUUGUGAUAUCUGCAAUAAGGCGUUUAGUUGUAAUGGUGGAUUGCAAAGACAUCUACGCACUCACACGGGUGAAAAACCCUUUAAGUGUAAUGUUUGUGGUAAAUAUUUUACACAGAGAAGUGAUUUAAUAACUCAUGAUAGAAUUCAUACCGGUAAAAAACCUUAUAAAUGUGCUGUCUGUUCCAAAGCGUUUAAUCAGAGUAGUAAUCUGAAAGCACAUAAAUGUGGCAGUUCUCAGACUGAAUAAAACUGGAAACAGGAAAAAGGGUACUGAACCCGAAACGUUGAAUUAUUAAACAAUCCUUUAACUCUACAAGUCUGUUCGUGUACUCUGUUAUGUGGCAGUUCUCAGACUGAAUAAAACUGGAAACAGGAAAAAGGGUACUGAACCCGAAACGUUGAAUUAUUAAACAAUCCUUUAACUCUACAAGUCUGUUCGUGUACUCUGUUAUGUGGCAGUUCUCAGACUUAAUAAAACUGGAAACAGGAAAAAGGGUACUGAACCCGAAACGUUGAAUUAUUAAACAAUCCUUUAACUCUACAAGUCUGUUCGUGUACUCUGUUUGGCGGGGAUUCUUUAAUUUUAUUCUACUGAAUAAAACUCUUAGGCCUGAAAAGAAUCUGUGAGGUUUCUCCUUCGCAUAUGAUUCUUAAUUUAUUCAAUUUUAUUUUAAAUGUUUGAUGUAAUACCUAGAUUCAGGAGUGUUUAUAUUAUAAGGAGUAAAACAAAAUUACGUUGUGAGGAAGGUCUCAGAAACAGAUUCUGGUACCCAAGUUUUACUGUCUAUGCAAUGGUUGUUUUUUUUAAUUAUUAUUUUAUUAUUUAUUAUAAAUUUUAAUGAACUAUGGUAUGUUGUUUUACCAGUACAGGUACAUGUAAGUACAUGUUUUACCAGUACCGGUAAUUACAUGUAUGUUUCCAAAUCCAGCUAUCGGGUUGAUUUAAUUUAAAUACAUAAUUUUGGAUUAAAUUAGAACUGAAACAUUCACGUGCUGGUGUAAAUGAGACAUAAUGCUUGUGUACAUGUAAAUCUAUUACUGUAAAGAGUACAGUUUAUUUCUGUAUUAAAUGACACAAUUGGAAUUAAACAUGUCCAACUAAAAGAUAUACAUGUUGAAAAUUAAUACAAUCAAAGUUACAACAUUGGUUAAAUUAAGCAUCCUGAGCUAUCUGGGAUUGUUUGUUUAAACAUACAUGUACAUUAUGCAAGAGUUAAUUCUGCCUAUUGCAGGUCUUUCUUUAGGCCUGAAAUGUUAUAAUUAGACAUUUAUUAACAUGAAAAGACUGUAAUCAACUCUCGAUGCCAUCUUAUGUGUCAGAUUUUCAUUGGAUUUGAAUCCGAUCUGCUGC